AUGGAUACUACUCUAAUUACUUUCAUGUUUCAAGCAACACCUAGAACACAAUCAGUCCAUCUCAUCGGAUCUUGGGAUAAUUUCACCAAACGAUAUCCAAUGGAGCGAGAUUCAAGACGCUCUCGUGAGCAAUGGCGAGGUUGUCACACAUUUGAUGACAUCACCUGUGAUGGCGAUGGAAAUGGUUCCUUGAAAAGGACUGGUGGUUUGAAAAUGGCAUCAACAUACUAUUACUAUUAUGAGCUUGAUGAUGGCAUCGAAGUUCAUGACAUGGCUAUACCCUCCACUACUACUUGUCCUUAUAUGCCAGGCCAACCAGUUAAUAUCCUCUGGGUACCAGUCGAAGUCUCUCCACCACGACUUCGAAGCGGUUCCAUGGAUUCCAUAAAUAUUACAGAAGCCAAAACAAUGAACCCUGCCGAUAAAUUCAUGACACCUCGUGCUCCUCCAUCGAAGCCAAAUGUCGCACGAUCUGCUUCAUUAUCGUCUUCAGGCGCGGAGGUCACGGAAAAGCCAUGUCCUUGGGCAAAAGAUAAAAAGCUUGGUUGGGCAACGAAACUUUUUUCGGGCCGCCGAUCGCAACCUUCAUCGCCUAUUCCACCACUUGCUUCAAGACGAUCAUCUGAGCCCGAUAUCAGUCAAGCUACUACCCGAAGUAGUUCUUCAUCAAACGCAAACACUAUUCAUCAAACUAGCCCGACUCGAUUCGAACCAAUUUCUAGAAAACCGUCUUUUACCAGAGCGCACGAUUCUGUGCACAACAGUCUUAUGUCUCUUGGUAUACCCGAGGAAAUUUCCGAAGACUGCGAAGAUGAUGACAACUUUGCCACACAGUUUAAAGAACUUGUCUUUGAAGACAACGACAGUAUCACCGGAUUAUCUCCAGCGCCAUUCCGUCGGCAACCGUCACCAACUUCUAAUUCUUACAAGCCACUGCCACGACUUCCAGAUGAUGCGUUUACAUCUCCUAUUUCAUUACCUCUUCCCCCAAACCUUACUCUGAAUCUACCAAUGUCCCACUUCUCUGUCUCUACCGCAUCAACGGCUCUUACUUCACCAACGGAUUCCCAUUUCGGCUUCAGCGAUACAUCAUCAAUGUUCGAUUCAUAUGAUGAAAGCGAUUUGAACGAAGAAACGGGCGAUACUUUUACAUAUAACCCAAUGAUCUCAGAGGUGGAAAAAAGAAAAUUUAUAGGGUAUAGCUUACCAGAUGAAGAUAUUGCGUCGGAACAGACUAUCCGCAAGGCUUCAAAUCCAAUAUCGAAAACAAAUAGUAAUGAUUCUUAUCCUCGCGAUUCGGGGUUCGCAAACGGAAUUCAAGAAAGCAGCGCGAAAAUAGGAGGGAGUGCGUUAGCGGAUUUCUUGGAGGAUAUGGGCUAUUUGGGCGAAACAAUCCGGGAUAAAUGA